AUGGCGCCCAUCGCCCUAGCCCUCAACGGGCUGCGCAGGCAGCCUCAACUUCAUCUUGUUUCCAACGAAGACUCCGUUUACGAACAAGACAUUCUCCGGGAUCCUGGCAGCGUCAAGCCCUGGCUGGCAUAUAUCGACUUUAAGAUGCGACAUGGCACUGCGGUCGAACAGGCAUUCGUCAUGGAGCGGGCUUGUGUCCAGCUACCUCGAUCCUAUAAGCUGUGGAAACUGUAUCUCGUAUUCCGAGUGAAGCAUGUAGCCAAGUUGAACCCCACCAUCUUCGCGGCCGAGUACCGCAAGGUCAAUGCCCUCUUCGAGCGAGCUCUGAUCCUCCUCAAUAAAAUGCCCCGGAUAUGGGAAAUGUACCUCAAGUUUCUCACUCAGCAGCCACUAGUCACCCUCACCCGCCGAACCUUCGAUCGCGCCCUGAGAGCCCUUCCGAUCACUCAACACAACCGCAUCUGGUCCGUGUACCGACCCUUCGCCAAUUCUGCCGCCGGCGAGACUGCCGUGAAGAUUUGGAGGCGAUAUAUGCAAGUCCAUCCUGAGGAUGCCGAGGACUUCAUUGAACUUCUUGUUCAGACUGGUCUUUAUACAGAAGCGGCAGUGAAGUUCAUUGAUAUCCUCAACAAUACCCGCUUUGUCAGCAAGCAUGGAAAGGGUCACUUCGAAUUAUGGAGCGAGAUGGUGGACAUGCUAGUUGAGCAUGCCGCUGAGAUCGAAACAGGCUACGAGACGGGAAUCGAUGCAGAGCGCAUUAUCAGAAGCGGAAUUGCCCGGUUCGCCGAUCAAAGAGGCAAGCUUUGGGCUGGUCUUGCAACCUACUGGAUCCGACGAGGCAGUUUCGAGCGUGCAAGAGACGUUUUCGAGGAGGGUAUUACCACAGUCAUGACUGUCCGCGACUUUACCCUCAUAUUUGAGUCUUACACGGAGUUUGAAGAGUCAAUUAUUGGCGCCCUCAUGGAGGUUGCCUCUGCUCGAGCCGAAAAAGGAGUGGAAGAUGAGGAGGCUGAUUUCGAGUUGGACAUACGGAUGAUGCGAUUCGAACAACUCAUGGAUCGACGACCCUUUCUUCUUAACGAUGUUCUUUUGCGACAGAAUCCAAACAGCGUUCCGGAGUGGGAAAAGAGAGUGGCCCUCUGGGGUGAGAAUAAGCGGGAGGUGGCCCAAACGUAUACCGAUGCGAUUGCGGCUAUCCAACCGAAACGCGCCGUUGGCGCGUUCCACCAGCUCUGGGCCAGUUACGCAAAGUUUUAUGAACAUGGGGGUGAUCUGCGGGACGCCCGAAUCAUCAUGGAAAAGGCUGUUAAGGUUCCCUUCAAGUCUGUUGCGGAAUUGGCAGACAUGUGGAUUGAGUGGGCGGAAAUGGAGCUGCGCAAUGAGAACUUCGACGAUGCUGUGCGAAUCAUGGCGAAGGCCGUCCAAGCCCCCAAGCGAUCCACUGUCGACUACUUUGAUGAGACGCUCACGCCUCAACAGAGAGUCCACAAGAGCUGGAAGCUGUGGAGCUUCUAUGUUGACCUCGUAGAGAGUGUCUCGACACUGGAAGAGACUAAGAAGGUCUAUGAGCGCAUAUUUGAGCUGCGUAUCGCGACUCCCCAAACCGUUGUCAACUAUGCGAACCUUCUGGAGGAGCACAAAUACUACGAGGAGUCGUUUAAGAUUUACGAACGCGGCCUGGACCUCUUCAGCUACCCAGUAGCCUUCGAGUUGUGGAACUUAUACCUUACCAAGGCCGUUGACCGCAAGAUUGGGAUCGAGCGAUUGCGCGAUCUUUUCGAACAAGCUGUCGAGGAUUGCCCGCCCAAGUUCGCCAAGACCAUAUAUCUCAUGUAUGGUAACCUGGAAGAGGAACGCGGCUUGGCCCGGCAUGCAAUGAGGAUAUAUGAGCGAGCAACGAGAGCUGUCGCGGACGAAGACCGAGCUGACAUGUUCAACUUGUAUAUCACCAAGUCGGCAUCUAACUUUGGUCUACCGUCAACCCGACCAAUUUAUGAGAGGGCGAUUGCAGCUCUUCCGGAUAGCGAGGCUAAGGAUAUGUGCCUUAAGUUUGCAGACAUGGAGAAGAGGUUGGGUGAGAUCGACCGUGCGCGUGCUAUCUAUGGACAUGCCUCGCAAUUCUGCGACCCCCGGACGAACCCUGAGUUUUGGACAAAGUGGGAGCAAUUUGAAGUCCAACAUGGCAAUGAAGAUACCUUCAAGGAAAUGCUACGGAUCAAGCGAAGCGUCCAAGCACAAUACAACACAGACGUCAACUUCAUUGCAUCCCAGGCUUUGGCCCGCAGCCAACGUCGGCCUGGUGCGGACGAUGCCGAGGUCUCUGAUGCCAUGGCAGCACUGGAGAGACAGUCACGGGCACCUCAGGGUUUCGUCGCGGCGAGUACUGGACCCAAAGGGGAUCCCUCAGUGCCAACGGCCGUCGUCACGUCGAACCCAGAUGCGAUUGAUAUUGACGGUCUUGAUGAUUAA